AUGCAGUCAUCCUACAGCUUCAAUCAGUCUCCCUUUGGCGGUCAGACGAACCAGCAGCAUCAUCAGCAGGCUAGUGGCUCAGCUUCUUGGCAGCAGCCGUCUUUUCAGCAGUCACCGCAAAGACCGUCAGGCGGCCAGAAUGGCUUCACACCCGGUCUGUACAACAGCAACGCGGCAGCAGGAGGCGCAAGCAUGCCCUCUUCCUCGUCAGUGUACAUGCAGCAACAGUCUCAGCAGCCCGGUCAGCCUGCCCAGCAAGAGGGCGCGAGGAAAUACAUGCCUGGCUACUUGACUUCAAACUAUGCCAUGUCUUCUCCUACUAGAUUGAGACCAGAAGAGUACGAGUAUGGCUCCUCUCCCGCGCACGUCUCGCCCGUCAUGACGCAACGAUCGAGCGUCUUUGGGCCCCAAGCAUCCACUUCGCGCGACACGCCGUCUAGGAUACGACGCUCGACUGCAGACACAUCCUUUGGCGCCUCGACGUACGGUUCGCACGCCAGUCCGCAGAGAAAUGCGGCCAAUGCACUUUUUGAGGACGCGCCGCCUAUCUCAUCCUUGGAUGACACCGACGAUCUCCCCGUUUCCUACGCCAAAGACACGUCCAUGACAUUGUCAACCUCACCAGCAAAGAAUGGCGCAGAGGCAGAAGGCACAGAGAGCUAUCGCGUCCAUGUCUUUGGCUUCACCGUGGCCUCACUAGACGCUGUACUCGAUCACUUUGGCUCAAUCGGCGACAUGGAACUCGUAGAGUCUUGUCCCGAAGGCGGCAACUGGAUCACGCUGGCCUACAAGGAGGCAUGGGCCGCCGCACGUGCUGUUCGAAGAAAUGGAGAGAUCAUCGGGGGUCUCAUCAUGAUCGGUGCCAAAUGGGCCGACUCUGAGCCCAAAUUAGCUCCCGCUGUCAGCGCGACGAAUGGGACAGUUCAAGAUGCUGCUGUCAAGCCUGUCGACAAAGGUCCGAUCUCAAGCAUCGGCCAGCCGAUACCGCUGGCCACAGGCUCGCCUUUCAGAACCUCAGUCACAAGUCAAGCCAGCAAACAGAGCAGCUUGCUGCAGACGCUCAAUUCGGCAGGCACGCCAACGGCAAAGAUGUUUGCGGACCGGGAGAAAGCGCUCACUGCCGGCGCGACGAAGCAACAGACACUGCUGAGCAGGGUCAGCGAUCUCGUCUUUGGGUACUGAAACAUUGCAUACUUGCGCUAUAGGUACUGAC